AUGCAAGCUUCACGGAAAGGGAUCUCAUUGAUUCGACUCCGCGAAAUGUCAACAGGCUACGUUGCUCAGAAAUUAAAGGGUGAUGACUAUCAGUAUGUUCACAAAAGUGAUAUUCCAACCUAUCAUUUCCAGAGAAGUCUUCGAAGAUUGCCGAUUCCCAAGCUAUCAGAUUCAUGUCGCAGGCUUAUGGGAGCAGCAGAAGCCGUACUUCAGAAGGGAGAAUUAGAAUUGUUGAAAGAGCUCGUGGAAGAUUUUACUGCACACGAAGGUCGAGAAUUGCAAAAAGAGCUCAUAUUGCAUGAUAAACGAAAUCUGCAUACAAGCUUCAUAUCAGAACCAUGGUUUGAUAUGUAUCUGAGCGAUCGUCUUCCAUGCCCCAUUAAUUAUAAUCCAUUCAUGGUUUAUGCUCCUGAUCCAGAUCCAGCUUAUAAUGAUCAGCUUACUCGUGCAACAAAUUUGGUCAUUUCAUACGGUCGUAUUAAAAGUGCAUUAGAUGCAAAGUGUUUAGCACCUGAAAUAUACUACAUAAAUCCCAAGGUCGCCACUUCAGCGUCAUUUAAAUGGAUUUGCAAGAAUUUGUCGGAAAAUUUACGGUGGUAUGGUGCAGCGGCUUUUGGUGCAUUUCCGUUGGACAUGAGCCAGUACAAAUCACUUUUUGGCGGUUCACGUAUUCCACAAAAAGGAAAAGACUGGCUUCUGCAUUGUGCUGAUUCUAAACAUUUUAUUGUCUUGCGCGGAGGAAGAAUUUUUUCUGUUGAUUUAUUUGACAAGUAUGGUUCAAUUGUGCCUGCAGAGCAAAUUCAGGCUUGCCUAUCCAUCAUAUUAUCCGAAAAGAGCCAGUCAAAGUCGGAAGAUUGCGUAGGCUCUUUGACUUCACUCGAACGCGACCAAUGGGCAAAAAUUCGUUCUGAGUUGUCGUCAAUUGGCAAUAAUUCAGCAAGCUUGGCACUAAUCGAUAAAAGUUUAUUUGUCCUUUGUUUGGAUCAUUUGGAAAGUGGUAAUUUAAGUCAAUUGGCCGAGAACUUAUUAAGUGGUGGUGACGCGAGGAACAGAUGGUUUGAUAAAUGCUUCCAGCUCAUAGUCGACGCGCAAGGUAUAGCAGCGAUAAAUUUCGAACAUAGCUGGGGCGAUGGUGUUGCUAUACUUCGCCUAAUGGAAGAAUCAUUCCGUGAUACGAAACAAAAUCAUUUCGUUCAUCCCAAUCAAACUUCCAGUGUCGAAGCACAUUUAGGAAGUAAUUUGCGACCAGUUGAGUUCAUGUUGACCGACUCAAUACGUCAAAGGAUUCAAGAAGCUCAGGAGAAACAGAUUGCGAUAGGGUCCAGAAUAUGUUUCAGCACUGCAGAGUAUUUUGAAAUGAAUCGGCAAAUUAUCAAGCAGUCAAAGCUAUCACCGGACUCUCUCAUGCAGUUAGCAAUCCAACUAGCUUUUUAUAAGCUUUAUAAGGAAUUCGUUCCAUCUUAUGAAUCCUGUAGUACUGCUGCUUUUCUAAAGGGACGAACAGAAUGCGUGCGUUCAGCAACAUGCGCUACAACUGAUGCAGUUCUGGCAAUUGAAAAUAACAAAGGCAAUAUUGAACAUCUGAAGAAGUGUUCUACAAUGCAUUUGCAACUAGUGAAAGAAGCUGCAACGGGUCAAGGUUUUGAUCGUCACUUAAUGGGUUUGCGUUGUACUGCUGAGCGGCUUGGUUGGUCACAGCCAAAGUUGUUCAGUAGUGCAGUGUACAAGUAUAUGAAUCGCUUCAUCCUGUCAACAUCGACUCUCUCAACAGAAACGAUAAUAUUUGGUGGAUUUGGCCCGGUUGUUUCUGAUGGUUUUGGUAUUGGUUAUAACGUACUCAACAACAAAAUGGGAGCUCUUAUUUCAUCUUAUAAGAAUCAGCGCAGUGCGGAUGCAUUUGCAGGCUCACUUCUAGAAAGUCUGGAUGUUUUGAAAAAUAUAAUCAUUAAACUAAAACGGUUGUUAUUGAGUCAGCUGCGGAUGUUCGCAUUUAAUAACAAUCGUGAAGUACUGACUGAUUAUCACUACACUCCUUUCGAUGAUAACGAUCAAGGACCAAGAACAAGUCUAUCACGUCUAAAUGAUGAAAUGCAGAAAUGUCAACAGAUUGGUAUUGAAAGUAUCAGUAAGUAUGGUUUUCGUCUGUACGACGGUCAGUUUCUUUAUGGUCCGAUUGCAAUUUUUCCGAAAGCUGUACUAUCGUGGCGUAUUCUUACACCAGAUGAUAUCACUCCCCAAUCAAUGCAGUUUUUUGUGAUGCUUGAGCCGAAGUUGGAUGUGCUGGUAGUUGGGCCAGGAGAUCGUAAACAUGUCGAUCCCGAAGAAGCAGCAAUGUUAUUCAAUAUAUUAAAUAUUGAAUACCGCUGCGUGGCUGCAGCACUUUAUCCACCGGAUGAUCUGUUGGUAACAACAAACGAUCAAGUACGCUUAAUGAACAGGUACGGCAAACCAGGAACUAUUGGUAUGGAUAUGGUUAGUGAUAGCGAUGACAAGUUGGAAUUGGCAAAGAAAGCGAUGCGCAAAUAUUUGCCGGAAAAUGAAGCGAAGAAAAUAGAUGAUUUGCAAACUUCGAGAUUUUUGAUACCGGGGAAAAACGAUGAUAAGAAUAGCGAAAAAAAUUUUAACUAA